AUGGAGCAUGGUGGACGGGCACGGGUGGAUGGGGCACGGGUGGAUGGGGCACGAGUGGACGGGGCACGGGUGGAUGGGGCAUGGGUGGAUGAGGCAUGUGUGGAUUGGGCAUGGGUGGAUGGGGCAUGGGUGGAUGGGGCAUGGGUGGAUGGGGCAUGGGUGGACGGGGCACGGGUGGAUGGGGCAUUGGUGGAUAGGGCAUGUGUGGAUAGGGGAUGGAUGGAUGGGACACGAGUGGACGGGGCAAGGGUGGAUGGGGCACGGGUGGACGGGGCACGGGUGGAUGGGGCAUGGGUGGACGGGGCAUGGGUGGACGGGGCACGGGUGGAUGGGGCAUCGGUGGAUGGGAUAUGGGUCGAUGGGGCAUGGGUGGAUGGGGCAUGGGUGGAUGGGAUAUGGGUGGAUGGGGCAUGGGUGGAUAGGGGAUGGAUGGAUGGGACACGGGUGGACGGGGCACAGGUGGAUUGGGCAUUGGGGGACGGGGCACGGGUGGAUGGGGCAUGGGUGGACGAGACAUGGGUAGAUGGGGCAUGUGUUGAUAGGGGAUGGAUGGAUGGGACAGGGGUGGACGGGGCACGGGUGGACGUGACAUGA